AUGUGGUUAAAAUCCAAGCUAGAAGGUCAUUCACAAUGCAUAAUUGCAAUUGGAAAAACUGGCAAUGGAAAAAGCUUUACAGGAGCUAUUUUCGGUGCACAAAGUAUAAAAGUCGGAAACUCUGCACAAUCAGUAACAACCGAAGUUACAGUAUAUGAUAUUGGAGAUGAUAAUGUUUAUGUCGAUACCCCAGGAUUUGAUGAUUCUAAUGAAAGUAACGAUGAUGAAAUUGCGCGUUUGAUUUUUCGUGCUCUUUUAAAUAAAGAAAUCCAUAAAAUAACAACAAUUUUAUGGUUUGUAUCAACCGAUAUCAGAGCAACAGCAUCGUUUAAAAGAGAAGCAAACUUCAUAGAAUUGUUAGCAAGAGAUCAUGAUGGGAAUGUUUGGGAUAAUACUAUCAUCGUUACUAAGGGUGCUCAAAUUGGAAAUGGUCCCCGAGAAGCAGCCAAAGAGGUAGCAAAGAAUACAUACGAUUUGAAAAAAGAAAACUGCAAGUCAGCUAAUAAAGAUGAUUUGCUUGUAAAUACUAGUGAUUUUGCAAUUCAAUUGUUUGAAAGGUUGCCGGCUAAAAGUGUUUAUGCUGAUUUUCCGUUUACCAGCGAUCAAUUAAACGAAUAUAAUAUUUUUAAAGAAUCAGAACCUGGUCGAAUACUUUCAAAAUAUAAUACAUUAAUUAAAGAGCAUCCAGAACAUCCGAUAAAAGUAAAUUUCAGGAAAGUUAAAUGUUUGAAUUGUCCCGAAGAAACUGACCCAAGAAUAGCAGUUCCAGAGUGCCAUUUAGAUACAGAGUCAUUUCAUCCAGAGAAAAUUAAUAGUCAUAUAUAUAAAAUCAUAAGUGUACACCCGAAUACACUUGAUGAAUAUCAUCCUGGUAAGUUAACACCUUACCAUCCUGACUCACGCGAUUUUAUACACACGGGCAAUCCCGUUGAUAGUCAAAUAAAUUGGAAUCCUAUCGAAUGUCUCAUUCGUGCCGUUACAUUUGGGGCUGUUAACCCUAUGAUUUCAGGAUACUGGGAUUGCUGUGGAAAACAAUUGAAUUCAUUUGGGUUAGAGGAUGUGAAAAACAGUACCGCUGCUGCAAUGGAUCUUGCGAAAGUGAGGGAUGUCAAUACAUAUAUGACGUGUGCAAGCAUAAAGCUGGUGAAAAGCCUUGUUGUAAAAUUUGCAAUAACUGUGGUCAAACGUUAG